UCACUGCAACUUUCGUCAGCCACUCUCAACUUUGCAAUAUUUCAUUUCUCCCUUGACGCCCCAAAAUAGUGCGCGCGUCACUUUCUCCCUCUCAUUCUCCCCAAUGUGGCGUUCAAGUCACUUAUGCGCCCUCCUUUCCCACUCGCUGAAAGGAAUUCUGGAUAGUUGAAAUCCAUCCCACCCAACAUAAACUGCGAACAUCGCACCGGCGGCCACGCCAUGGAUCGUCACCGAAAGCGGGAACUCCGCGAUCUGAACGAGCGAGCCUGGGCUGGCGAGACUGAUGUCUUCCCCGUGGGCAAAUCCCUCGAUUCUGCCCUCAAGAAAAACACCGCCUUCAUCAAGCGCCUCCGCACGGGCAUCAACGCCUCCGCCCAGGCCACCUUUCUCGCCGACAUCCGCACUCUGUCGCUCCACAAGUACCUGUCGGAGAUCAUCUCGGCCUGUUACGAAGGACUCUGCAAGCUCAAGUCGCCCGGCGAGAUCGCCACGGGGGUCGAGAUCGCCAGCGCCCUGCACCAACGGUUCGGCCCCGGCGAGUUCACCCGCCAGAUCGGAUGGCUGCUGGGCCGCGGGCUCAGCACCCCGGACAAAGGGCAGCUCAAAGCCCUGAGCCAGGAGGUGCGCGAGCGCGAGGAGAAGGAGCGCCUGUCGCGCCACCGCGUGCUGCUGCGCGUCGCCACGGAGCUUUGGCUGGUGGGCGUGCUGCGCACCCUGGACGACAUUGACCGCCCGGAUGACCUCGGGGCCGCGGCGACCAAGGGGAAAGAUGCUGGCGUCGUCGGGAAGGCGACCGACGGGCCCGUGAAGAGCAACAAGGCGCCGCUCUCGGCGACCAGGGACGGCGGCGGUGACAAGGAGUCGGAGCCGUUUCCCAUGGAAGUGCUCAAGGAUCUCCUGGGCCAUGAUCGCGAUCACUUGAAUCUCCCCCUGGCGGUCCUGUUUGUGAAGAGCUUCAGUUGGGAUGUGCUGGGGACCAAGUUGGUGGAGGAAGGCCGGAAGACGGUCGAGGCGGACGGCGCGACGACCACCACGAAUGGCGCCUCGGGGGAUGCGGUCAAUGGCGGGGGUGCUGAGGGCGAGGCGGAAGAGAACGACCCCCCGUUGAUCCCGGAGAAACUCCAGCUGCGUUUCCGCCAUAUCCUGAACCGGUACCUGGAGGACGUCAAGGCGCAUGUUGUCCGUGAUCAGAGGGCAUUGGCGGCUCAGAGCCGGCGCAAUGCAGAGGCGUACGUGAAAAGUGGCGAGAUCUUCGAGGACCGUCAGGCCAAUUUCGAGAAGCAGACCAAGUCGCUGGAGAAACUGGUUGCCAACACUCAAGUUCUUUGCGAGGCGCUCGGGGCGGAAAUGCCGGCUCUAGCUGAGAAGGAAAACCCCGAUGCGGCAUCGGCUGGAGGAAUUGGACUGGUCAAGACGACGGAGUACCUGCGCGGUCAGGGUGAGGGUGCCGGCAUCUGGGAAGACGAAGAAGAGCGGCGCUUCUACGAGAACCUGGUUGACCUCAAGGGCAAAGUGCCAGCUGUCCUACUGGAGGAUGCCAGAAAGAAGAAGCCUGAUUCUGAAGAGCCAGCCAAGAAGAAAGGGGAUGGCGAAGAGGCCGGCGCAGAGAAAUCCGAGUCCGCCGCUCAGACUCAAGUAUCGGAGGAGAAGAAUGCGGAUGCCGACGAUCAAUCUACAGCCAUUGCAAGCAAGACUGUAGGAGCCCAGGUGGAUGCUCUCCUUGCCAAACUACCCGAUCUACAAACCAAGGACCAUGUCGAUCAGAUGGCCUUGGAUUUCUGCUUUCUUAACUCGAAAGCGUCGCGCAACAGGCUCAUCAAGGCGGUGUCUGAUGUUCCCAAGGGACGUCUCGAUCUUCUGCCGCUGUACUCUCGCCUGGUCGCUACGCUCGGGCAAUACAUGCCUGACAUUCCUCAGGGCUUGACUACGUAUCUUGAUGAAGAGUUCAGAAGUCUUCAACGCCGGAAGUCGAAGGAGUUCCUAGGGCAGGUUCGCAUGGGCAAUGUCCGGUACCUGGCGGAGUUGACCAAGUUCGGCGUGGUGCCUGAGCAUAUCAUCUUCCAUUGCUUCAAGGUCUCGUUGGAUGACUUCUCGCGCAUGAACAUCGAGAUCAUCGGUUAUCUGCUGGAGAACUGCGGUCGUUACUUACUCCGCAACCCGGAGACAGCUCCGAGGAUGGCCUCUUUCCUGGAGACCCUGGGACGAAAGAAGACUGUUCAACACCUUGGUCAACAGGAGCGGAUGAUUAUCGAGAACGCCAUUUACUACGUUGAUCCGCCACCCCGGCCUGCCAUUCAGCAGAAGGAACGUACACCUAUGGAAGCCUACAUCCGCCGGAUCGUAUAUCUGGACAUGAAUAAGCGGAACUACACUAAGAUUCUGAAAUCAAUUCGCAAGCUACACUGGGAAGAAGGUGAAGUGAUCGACAUCCUGGAGAAGGUCUUCAGCAAACCGGUCAAGGUCAAGUAUGGAAACAUCCACUUGCUCGCGAUCCUGGUCAGCGCCCUCUAUCGGUAUCACCAGGAGUUCGUGAUUGGGGUUGUGGACAAUGUCCUCGAGCAGAUCACUCUGGGUCUCGAGCAAAAUGACUUUAAGUUCAACCAGAAGCGAGUUGCGGAAGUCAAGUAUCUUGGAGAACUCUACAAUUACAAGAUGAUCGACUCGCCUGUCAUCUUCGAUACCUUGUAUCGCAUUGUCACCUUCGGUCACGAAGGAGGAACGCCAGUAGCUGGGAAGGUCAAUCCGCUGGACUUGCCUGAUGACUUUUUCCGCAUUCGUCUGGUCUGCACGCUGCUCGACACGUGCGGCCACUGCUUUGACCGCGGGUCCGCGAAGAAGAAGCUCGAUUUCUUCCUCAAUUUCUUCCAGCAGUACUACAUGCAUACCAAAGAUCCGAUGCCGAUGGACGUUGAGUUCCUUGUUCAGGAUACGUACUCGAUGGCUCGUCCGCAGUGGAAACUGGCGGCUGACCUUGCCGAAGCUACGCAAGUUUUCAGCGAGGCAGUUGCGCAGAAUUAUAAGCUGCAGGAUUCCGAACGCCCUGUGGACAUUGAGGAGGAGGAGGCCGAGAGCAGUUCUUCGGACGAUGAUCUGGAAGAGGAUGCAAUUCCUGAGGCAGAAGAUGACCAAGAGUCCAGCGAUGAAGCCGAGGCGUCUGGUCCCAACGCCGAGAACACCGGUGAGAGCGAGUCGGAGGAUGAGCAGAUCUUCGUCACGCGGCAAGAAGAGGAGCGUGACCCGGAGGCCGAAGCAGACUUCGAUCGCGAGUUUGAGAAGAUGAUGUCCGAGAGCAUGGAGUCGAGGAAGUUCGAGCGCAAGGGCGUGUUCGACAUUCCUUUGCCGAUGAAGCGGUCCGGUCGCGAGGCGGCGGCGGAGAACGUGAACGUGGCGGAGCCUCCCAAGCCCACAAUCAACACGAUGGCUUUCUCGCUGAUGACGAAGAAGGGCAACAAGCAGCAGACUCGCACCAUCGAUCUGCCGUCCGAUUCCAGCUUCGCGGUCGCGAUGCGAAGCCAGCAGCAGGCGGACCGGGAGGAGCAACAGCGGAUCAAGAGUUUGGUGCUGAACUACGAGAUGACGAACGAAGUCGAUGCCAAUUCCGAAGACUCGGCUGCCGAGAAACGCUCUCCCCAUCGCGAUACCCGAGUCGACAAGUCGGGCAGUAACCGGAUGGCGUUCCGGUCCCGGAAGCUCCAGCUCAGCGAUGUGAACUGGUAA